CAGAAUUUCAGAGUUGAACAAGAGGCCUCUAAUGUGAAGAUACAUCUGCAUUAAACCCGGAAUCACUGGUCAGUAAUAUUUGGAAAGCAAAUCUUGGAAAAAUUAAACAUUUGUGAAAUUCCAUCAUGGAAAUCAAAGAAGAAGGAACAUCAGAAGAAGGCCAGCACUUUCUUCCCACAGCCCAGGCAAAUGAUCCUGCAAACCCCCAGUUCACCAGUAUCCAGAAGACUCCAAAUGAACCACAGUUAGAAUUCAUACUUGCAUGCAAGGAUCUCGUGGCUCCUGUCCGUGAUCGGAAACUGAAUACAGUGGUGCAGAUCUCAGUAAUACACCCUGCUCAGCAGAGUCUGACAAGAUACGCCAGCACUGAAGUUGUGGAGGGAACAAGGGACCCGCUGUUUCUGACGGGUGUCACAUUCCCAUCUGAGUAUCCCAUCUAUGAGGAGACCAAAAUCAAGCUAACGGUCUAUGAUGUCAAGGAUAAGUCUCAUGACACCGUUCGAACCUGCGCCCUCCCUGAAGAUAAGGACCCCCCUGUGGAAAUUGGGAGGAGCUUCUUGGGCUAUGCCAGUUUUAAAGUCGGGGAGCUACUGAAGUCAAAGGAGCAGCUGCUGUCCCUGAGCCUGAGAACUUCAGAUGGUGGCAAAGUGGUUGGCACCAUAGAAGUCAGUGUCGUGAAGAUGGGGGAGACUGAAGAUGGAGAAACUGACCACAUUACAACAGAUAUGCAGGGACAAAAGUGUCCCCUGGUAUGGGAAAGUACAUCCCCAGAAAGUGUGUGCGGAAAAGAUAACUUGCCUUUUUUGAAUACAGUAUUAAAGAACCCAGUGUGUAAACUGUAUAGAUUUCCGACAUCUGACAAUAAGUGGAUGCGGAUUCGGGAGCAAAUGUCGGAGAGCGUACUUUCUUUUCAUAUUCCUAAGGAAUUGAUUUCCCUUCACAUAAAAGAAGAUUUGUGUAGAAACCAGGAGCUAAAAGAACUUGGUGAACUUUCUCCACACUGGGACAAUCUACGGAAAAAUGUCCUGACUCACUGUGAUCAAAUGGUGAACAUGUAUCAAGACAUUUUGACAGAACUCAACCGGGAAACAGGGUCUUCUUUCAAAUCAAGCAGCAGUAAAGGAGAGAAAACAUUAGAAUUUGUUCCUGUAAAUCUGCAUUUGCAAAGAAUGCAUGUACACAGCCCUCACCUGAAAGAUGCUCUCUACGAUGUCAUCACUGUGGGAGCCCCAGCUGCCCAUUUCCAGGGGUUUAAGAACGGUGGUCUUCGGAAGUUACUCCAUAGAUUUGAAACAGAGAGAAGAAAUACUGGAUACCAGUUUAUUUACUACUCACCCGAAAACACAGCCAAAGCAAAAGAAGUUCUGAGCAACAUCAAUCAGCUGCAGCCUCUAAUAGCAACCCAUGCGGACCGACUGCUUAGUUCUGCGAGCCAGCGUUCUCCAGACAGCUUGAAGAAUUCUUUAAAAAUGCUUGCAGAACAAACAGAGCUUUUUGUACAUGCCUUCAAGGAUCAACUGGUCAGAAGCGCUCUUCUAGCACUUUACACUGCAAGACCAGGGGGAAUUCUGAAGAAGACACCCUCUCCUAAGGGAAGUAAAGAGGAGAGCAGCCCCCGAGAGCAGCCCCCGCCAGUGAAAAGGCAGGACUCCAUACCACAUCAUUCAGACUACGAUGAAGAAGAGUGGGAUAGGGUGUGGGCCAGUGUGGGGAAGAGCCUGAACUGCGUAAUAGCGAUGGUGGAUAAAUUGAUCGAAAGAGACGAUGGUGGUGAAGGCAGUGCUGACAGCAACAAAGAUGGAGAGAAGGAUCCUUCACUAGUGGAUUCCAUCAUGCCUCAUCCAAGGGAGGACUGGUAUGAGCAGCUGUACCCCCUCAUCCUCACUCUGAAAGACUGCAUGGGAGAAGUCGUGAACCGAGCCAAGCAGUCCCUGACGUUUGUGCUUCUCCAGGAACUGGCAUACAGCUUGCCACAGUGUUUGAUGCUCACACUGAGAAGAGACAUCGUCUUCAGCCAAGCACUUGCUGGAUUGGUUUGUGGUUUUAUCAUCAAAUUGCAUUCAAGUUUAAAUGACCCUGGAUUCCUGCAGCAGCUUUAUACCGUGGGAUUGAUUGUACAAUAUGAAGGAUUGCUAAGUACAUACAGUGAUGAAAUUGGAAUGCUAGAGGACAUGGCUGUUGGCAUUUCAGAUUUAAAGAAAGUAGCAUUUAAAAUCACUGAAGCCAAAUCGAAUGAUGUCUUGCCAGUCAUAACAGGAAGACGUGAACAUUAUGUGGUGGAGGUCAAGCUUCCAGCUGCGAUGUUUGAGUUGCUACCUCUACAGAUUAAAGAAGGACAGCUGCUUCAUGUGCAUCCAGUUCUUUUCAAUGUUGGAAUCAAUGAACAGCAAACUCUUGCUGAGAGGUUUGGAGAUGUCUCUUUGCAAGAAAAUAUUAAUCAAGAAAAUUUUGAACUGCUAAAAGAGUAUUAUAAAGUAUUUAUGGAAAAAAUGCCUCCUGAUUACAUUUCACAUUUUCAAGAACAGCAUGAUGUAAAAGGAUUACUAGAAAAUCUUCAUCAAAAUAUCCAAGCCAAAAAAAGAAAAAAUGUGGAAAUCAUGUGGCUGGCUGCAACGAUUUGUCGCAAACUAAAUGGCAUCCGUUUCACUUGCUGUAAAAGUGCCAAAGACAGGACUUCAAUGUCAGUUACGCUGGAACAGUGCUCCAUUCUGAGGGACGAACACCAGUUGCACAAGGACUACUUCAUCCGGGCGCUGGACUGUAUGAGAAGGUAUCCAUCUGUCUUAAAUCUUGUGUUUCAUUUAAGAUCAUUUUGAGUUUUUUUUUUUUCCCAAGCUACAUAUUUAUUACAGGAAUAAAUAAUUAGUAAGUUGAUUAUAUUUCUGUAGCUUAUAACUGAUGGCAUAAGAGAUACAAUUGUUUCCAUAUCCUCCCCUUCUCUUUUAGGACGUAAAAGAAAAUGUACCCAUGAACACAUUUGAUGAUAUAAAUGGACAGUAUUUUUCAUUCGCUCCAGUUCAUAAGCUCUGAAUCCUUAGAUGCAACACUCAAAGAGUACAGUCACUCAACAACUAAGUAGACAUAAGUAUGCGCGAUGUACAACUAAGCCAUUACCAAGACAAAGCCUUUGCAGUCAUGACUGACAGAUGGGCUUCCCACCGCUUAUAGGGUGUUUGGGUCAGAAACCAGAAAUCUACUUCCCAAAAUCGUUUUCAUAUCAUUCAUCAUAUAAAGGAGAUAACACUGACACUUAGAGUAUUCACACUGCUACUCUGAUGAUAUUUGCAAUGCUUUGCCCCAAGUCAUGUUUCUUGAUUCAUUUCUAUAGUAAUUAAAAUCUAAGACAUAAUGGGAAAGAAAAUGUGCCUCAUUCACAAUGUCCAUCAGCAAGGGCAUAUGUUAAUUAAAAAGUUAAAUGAAAUUGUCUUUCCUUAAAAGAUUAGUUUAGAAUCACAUCAAGAGAUAUGGAGUAGGUUCCCCAUUUCCAGAAAUGAAUGUCUAGUAGUGAACUGGAGAGGCCUGCUGCUGACCUGGAAUAACUUUUACUUUCGUUUUUUUCUUUAAAUUAUUGCAGUCUUUUUUCAGUGGAAAUGUUGGUGCUUAUCUGUGUUCAUUCUCAGCUUGUAUGCUUUUCCACUAGGGAGAGAUUUCUGUGGUCCUCUAUUUCACUGCAUUUCAUAUCUCUUGACAUUUUCAUUGAUGAGUGAGUUCCAUCAGAAUUUUUUGACAAAUGUCCAAGGUUGUCUUGGACUUCUGACAUGAACAUCUCAGCCAUGUAAAGCACAUUUGGUUGGUAUAUUCUUUUCUCUAAUAUAAUGUCUCAGCACUAAUUGUAGAAAUCUGCAAUCUGAGAAUUAAAUCCCCCAAAUAUGCAGGAAAGUACUGCAUACAUCGCUGUGGAUGGUACUCAGGUGCUUGGUGAGGGGAACAGGAGCCUCUGCUAUGGAAAU